AUGGAUCGGUUACCAACCAUGGCUGCCCUUAAGAACAGGAACGUGAGCUUUGAUAGGGUCGGCUACGUAUCUUGCGAUGCUACUAAAGAAACCUUGGAACAUAUUCUAUGCUCUUGCGACUUGGCGAUGGCUGUUUGGUACAAGAUUGGUGUUUGGUGCAAAGUAAGACCAAUCUUCUUUUUCUCAGUGAAAGAUAUAUUUGAAAUCGAAGAACACUUGGGUCUUAGAGGGAACACAAAAGAGGUCUUCAAAGGCAUUGUUUUUGUGACUUGUUGGUGCCUAUGCCGUGCAAGGAAUAAUAAAAGAUUCAAUAAUGAGGAGACGAAUGGUGACAAGGUAUUUCAAGAAAUAAAGGCGACUAGUUUCUUUUGGUAUAAGAAUCGAUCAAGAUGUUGUACAAUUAGUUUGGAUAGUUGGAAUCGGUUUGAAGUUGUAAACAAUGUAGCCAUGUAA